AAGAUCAAUCUUAUUGUUGGCAACUAUUUCAAGACAUCUGGUGGCACAGUUUACCUGGGAUACUCAAAGAAAGCAUCUGACCUCAUUUCUUGGCUUCGAAGCACAACCCUUGUUCUAGCAACACUAAGAGAUAUACAUGUUGCCCUCAAUUCAACUAAUCCAUCCCAUCCUCACUGUGUCCUCACCGUAAUCCGUGCAGUUUUGACACGAUGGACUGCUCAUUAUCUUGCCUUCAGAUGA